GAUGCUUACUGAGGACCAAGCAAUCUUUAGUGAAUAGCUGGAGCAACUUUAAGCCUACUUACAUAAAGAAGGAAAAAAGCAACUUUACCCGCUGUUAGUUACACUUGAGGCUCUUCAUAUCGGCCUGUUCAUUGUAAGGAUGCAAGACAGAAGCUGUGGCCAGGCAUUGCCUCUUUCUUUAAUGCUGAAGGAGGCUUACUGUGCAGAGAGAGGCACCAACAAGGAAUAUCCUGAAAAUAUGUCAGAAGCUUCAUCCUACCAUGACUUUUUCUAUGAUUCCCUAUCAGAACUACAGAAUGGGCAAUUUUCAAAUGAACUUUCUGCCUUCCUUACCCAGGAGGAGAUAUGUAAGAGCCUUGACAUAGCUCAGGAAGCCAUUGCUAAUUCCAUGGAGGAGGAUCAGAAUGCAGCACCAGACUUUACUCAUUAUUUCAACACCUCUCUUUUUAGCACUUCAGAAAAUCCUUCUUUCAGGGAUACCAAGCUGCAUGAGCAAGAUGCUUUACAGAGGCCUCAAGCAAGCAGUCUGACUUUAUCUGCUGCAAGUCAUGUUCUCCCAGGGAAUCAGAAAGAGCAAUCCACCACACCUCAAACAGCAAGUAGUUUUGUCACAGUUUCCAGGAGGCAAGCAAGCACCUCACCUUUGCUAACUGCUAGUCCCAGCUUCAUUAGAAGCCUGAAACAUUUGGAGAAAGGUGGUCCAGGUGUGCCUAAGACAAGCCCAAAGUCCAAAUCAGCAUCCCAGGGAGAAGUUCCUUUCAGGAACAAACUGUGUGACAAAGCUGCCACAUUCGUAGAGGAAUUGUCAUCUAUAUUUAGACAGGCAGCAAAGACAAGAGGCCGAAGUCCUGAUGGGGACUCUUCUUCACCAGACAGUGGAUACCUGUCUCCUAAAAAGAAAGAACCAGCUGUAAGUACCUCAGUGAACCAGGAGUCUGACAAGCCACAUCAAGAGACUGAGCCUGAGGCAAAAUUACCUGGGGUUCAUCUGAAUGGUGAACAAUAUUCUGAAAGGGAAAGCAUGACUCAGAGUGAAACGGUCCUUUGCCAACCCUUCAGCAACAUGGAAGAGAAUCAACCUUCACCACCUCAAUUCACUCAGAAGCUCCGGAGCCAGGAAGUUGCUGAAGGAAAUAAAGUAUUGCUAGAAUGCAGAGUUGCUGGCAACCCAGUCCCUGAUGUCAGGUGGUUCUGUGAAGGAAAAGAACUCCAGAAUAGCCCUGACAUUCAGAUCCGUUCUGGAAGUGGAGGACUUCAUUCACUAAUUAUAGCAGAAGCCUUUGAAGACGAUACUGGACGCUAUACUUGUCUGGCUUCAAAUUCCAUUGGUUCAGAUAGUACAUCAGCUGAAAUAUUCAUUGAAGGUGCCAGUUCCACAGAUUCAGAGAGUGGAAGUUUAAUUUUCAAAUCAAAAUCUGGAGCUAUGCCACAGGCCCAAAAGAAAACCACCUCUGUUUCCUUGACGAUAGGAUCUUCUACACCAAAGUCUGGAGUCACCACAGCUGUAAUUCAACCUAUCUCUGUGCCAAGUCAGCAGGUUCAAAGCCCUACUGCGUACCUGCACUGUGUGGAUGGACCUAAGCCUAUCUAUUCUCCACCCAUUUUUACAAAGGAGCUACAAAACUCCACAGCAUCUGAGGGACAAGUCGUGGUAUUGGAAUGCAGGGUCAGAGGACCCCCUCCCAUUCAUGUUAAGUGGUUUCGACAGGGUGUUGAAAUUCAAGAUUCUCCAGACUUCAGGAUCCUCCAAAAAAAGCCACGAUCUGCAACUGAACCUGAAGAGAUAUGUACCCUUGUAAUUGCAGAAACUUUUCCUGAAGAUUCAGGACUUUUCACAUGCACAGCAACAAAUGAACAUGGUUCAGUAACAAGCAGUGCACAGCUAACUGUCUGCUCAGCCAACUCAGAAGGCUCCAGUCAUGAAUUACUGACAAGAAAAUCCGACAGUGAUGAUUUCCAUCAUUUCUCACCACUUCCUCCAGUUGAAAUUAGCUCUCUUGAGCUUCCUCCCAAGAAACAUAUGGAGGCCCACCGAGCAAACAACACUGAGUUGAGAUCUGGUGUGACAGCCCUUCAACUACAGGUCAAUUCAUCUGAGGAAAAAACAAAUGGCAUCCAUCCCAUUCAUGGAGUAAAUGGAAUGAUUAAGAACAAGCCAAAUGGUGAUAAAACCAUCCCACCUGAAGCUGUCUUGCUUUCACCCACAAAGGAGCCACCACCUGUGCUUGCCAAACCAAAGCUGGACCCUAUAAAAAUACAGCAGCUGCAGAACCAAAUUCGUCUGGAGCAAGAAAGUGGCCAGUGGUAUCAUCACCAACAGCAACCUGAUCAUCAUCAGCACCCUCCCUCUUCUCCUUCCUUUCCUCCUCCCCCCUCCUUCCAGGAGCUUGAGUCCAGUCAGUCUGUCACUUCUCCUGUGCCAAUGAGUAUUCUUAACUCUCAUACUUCCCCAACCAUGCAGUCUUCCAGCUCCUUCAACUAUGCUCGGCCUAAACAGUUCAUUGCUGCUCAGAACAUCAGCCCUGCUUCAGGUUAUGUGACUCCGUCUUCAGGAUCAUCUACAUCCAGCCUUCCUUCUCCUAUGUCUCCAACUGCUUCUCAGAAACAGUUUGGGAGAGUGCCUGUUGCCCCUUUCUCUCAGCAGUUUGCUCCAGAAGGGGAGUACGCCUGGUCUCCUUCUUCUCCAUCCCCUCCGCCCCCGCCUCCACCUGUCUUUAGUCCAACCGUGGCAUAUCCGGUGUGUGAUUCCUUUCCACUUCCACCUCCUCCACCCCCUCCUCUUCCUUCACUUUCUUCACCUUCCCACAGUCUGUCUCCAACUCCCAGAUUUCCUAAUUCUGGCCAGUCUCCAGCAGCUUUUCUCAGCUCCAUGCUGCCAUCCCAGCCACCACCCAUUUCUGUCAACGCAUUAGGCCUCCCGAAAGGAGUGAUGCCUCCCGGAUUUCCCAAGAAAACAGGCAGAACUGCUAGGAUAGCAUCAGAUGAAGAGAUUCAAGGGUCAAAAGAUGCUGUAAUUCAGGAUCUGGAAAGAAAACUUCGCUUCAAGGAAGACCUUUUGAACAAUGGGCAACCGAGAUUAACGUACGAGGAGAAAAUGGCUCGUCGAUUGCUGGGAGCAGACAGUGCUGCAACUGUCUUCAAUAUACAGGAACCAGAAGAGGAGCCUGCUAUACAGGAAGCUCGCUCUGUUGGUGCUUCUGUAGUGAGUCCUGUGGAUAUUCAAAAGGAGUAUAAAGUCUCCAGCUUUGAGCAAAGAUUGAUCAGUGAAAUUGAAUACAGGCUGGAGAGAUCUCCUGUGGAAGAAUCGGAUGAUGAAGUGCAACAUGGAGAUGAACCUAUUGAUAACAGUACAUCACCAUAUUUUGAGAUAAAGCUGAAGCAUUACAAAAUCUUUGAGGGAAUGCCAGUUACGUUUACAUGCAGAGUGGCAGGAAAUCCAAAGCCAAAGAUUUAUUGGUUUAAAGAUGGGAAGCAAAUUUCUAAACGAAGUGAUCACUACCGAAUUCAAAGAGAACCUGAUGGAACUUGCUCGCUGCAUACUGCGGCCUCCACCCUGGAUGAUGAUGGGAAUUACACUAUUAUGGCUGCUAACCCACAGGGCAGAGUAAGUUGCACGGGCAGGCUGAUGGUUCAAGCUGUAAAUCAAAGAGGCCGCAGUCCCUGGUCACCUUCUGGUCAGCCUCAUAUGAGAAGACCACGAUCUCGUUCAAGGGACAGUGGUGAUGAAAAUGAACCAAUUCAGGAACGAUUCUUCCGGCCUCAUUUUCUGCAGGCUCCUGGAGACCUGACUGUUCAAGAAGGAAAACUAUGCAGAAUGGACUGCAAGGUUAGUGGAUUACCCACUCCAGAUUUAAGCUGGCAGCUUAAUGGAAGACCAGUUCGUCCUGAUAGUUCUCACAAAAUGUUGGUGCGUGAGAACGGUGUGCACUCCUUGAUCAUAGAACCAGUCACAGCCAGAGAUGCUGGAAUCUACACAUGCAUUGCCAGCAAUCGAGCUGGUGAAAACACAUUCAGCCUGGAGCUCGUUGUUGCAGCUAAGGAAGUACACAAAGCACCUGUGUUUAUAGAGAAGCUACAAAACACAGGUGUGACUGAGGGAUUCCCAGUGCGACUGGAGUGUCGAAUCUCAGGGGAGCCAUCUCCUCAGAUAUUCUGGAAGAAGGAGAAUGAGUCACUUACAUACAACACUGACCGAGUGAGCAUGCACCAGGAUAACUACGGCUACAUUUGCCUGCUUAUUCAGGGAGCUACAAAGGAGGAUGCCGGCUGGUAUACUGUUUCAGCUAAGAAUGAGGCCGGGAUUGUGUCUUGCACUGCCAGGUUGGAUGUUUAUACUCAGUGGCAACAACCACCUCAGACAACCAAGCCAAAGAAGGUGCGGCCCUCAGCCAGCCGAUACGCUGCACUUUGUGACCAAGGACUAGACAUCAAAGCAGCUUUCCAGCCUGAAGCAAAUCCAGUCCACCUGACAAUGCAAUCUGGCUUGGUAGAGAGUGACGAUCUGUAAAUCCAGCUGCCGCUUCCAUCAUUUUCUUUCAAAGCAGAAACACUGAAAGCCAUUGCCUUGACCAAUGAUACUCCUAUGUCACUUUAUGCAAAGGCAGACACCUUCAAGUACAAAAGAUAAACAACAAACACAAUAACCAUAUAUUCCUUAUUCAUUAUACCAAAUUAGAAGAAUAGAUAGAUUAUUAAUAGAAAUGUACACAUUGCACAACAAACCACAUUCACCAGUUCCUUAUACCUAAGUUGCUUCAGCUCUUACAAAUAACCCUUUUCAUAAAGGCCAAAAUACAUCAGAGAGACAGAUUUUUCAGAAGAGAACACUACUUAUCACCACAUGCCUUCAUAAGCAGUAACUAGAUGCUACACAAUCUUAAUGGUGCAAGAUGUUUUAUUUGAGGCCAUUAGACCACAAAGAAAAUGAGAAUGUAUGGUUAUCUAUAGUUCUAAAACGGCAAUGUAUUCUGAUAGCUACAAUGAACAAGUGCAAUAUUGUAAGAAUAAAACAGGAAGGGACAAGGAAGAGUAAUAUAAGCAAAUGCUGUAUCUGCAAACUGCUUUCUAUUCUACCAUGAAAAAGAAUCUUGCCUUAAAUGCUGUUAGUAUGGACAAUUCUGUAAAGCAACAUCAACACCGUAAUUUUAAAUUCUUUUGUAUUUUUUCUUUUUGCCAUCUAGGAGGAGGCUUACUUACAAACAUACUGCAAAGACAGUUCAAGCAUAAGUAAUUUAACCUCUUCAAGAUAAUGAAGAAAAAGAGCUGACAUGUAAUAACAGUCUACUCCAGACUACAAAUAUUGGUAACUAGAUGCGAACAAAAUGCCAACAGUAUGAACCACUGCAGGAGGUUCCUGCAAGGGGUGGGAGAGGGACAGGGCAAGGUUGAAACUCUCUAUGGAUUUCCUGAAGACAGCCUGUAACUUCAUAAUACUCCCAUUCAAGAAUCUGAAAUUCUAAGGUGAGCUGAAAACUAGGGAGUGUAUGUAUGGGACCUUCGACUGUUUAAAGCUUGUGUAAGGUAUAUGAGCAUUUUGGAAAUGUAUAGUAAGUGAAAAAUGGGUUGAGACUGCAAUACGAAUUUGAAUGACAAGUAUACACCACAGGUGAUAAGCUUGCAGAUCUGAGGAAGUAGAAAAUGAAGAUGGACAAAAACAACAUCAAAUUUGCGCCUUUUUUUUUUUUUCUUAACAUAGCAUGUGUCUCUGGUAGGUUUUUUUUUUUUUUCUUCUCCUGACUGUAGGCAAAUGACAGCUCUUUUAAUAGGUAGAGCCUGUGCGCCGUAGAUAAAAAGCCUGAAGGCUACUUUCAGAAUGCAAGGCAAAUCCACAUCAAACUGGAGCCCCACCUAAGUCAGACCUGACUAGGUAGUUUUAAAUUAGAACCAAAUGAAUUUCAGAUGAAGGGGGGGGAGGGAUGGAAGAAUUACUAGGCCUGACAAGAAAAACGAGCAUUUGAUGGUACGAGCUAUGAUACUUUGCUAUGAAAGGAAAACACUGUAUUCCUUAUAUGAAGCACAUAUAUGGUAUCUUUCAUUAUUUAUAAUAAAAGUGUUGAAAUCUUUUAUCUCAGUUCAGUUAUUCAGAAGUCCUGUACUUAGGGGUUUUUUUUAAUUUUGUAAUUGUGUACACCAUAUAUUGCAUUACUGCUAUACAUGUAUUGCUUUUUAAGUACACAAAGUUUGUUUUGUUCUUUAGUGAUUAAUAAACUUUAGCACAUAAGGUAGUACUAUGCUGGUGCACGAUAUGACCAGUUAUGGGGAUCGUUAAUCUACAUUAACGUCAUAGUCUGUCAUCUGGGAAUAAUCUGAUUCUAUUCUAGAACAAGUAUGUCAUAUCAUUUGCCAAAUUUUCUCAACUGUGACAUGCUAAUUUACUUUUUUGUUUAGCUUCACUAGCAUUAUUUUGCCACCUUUUAUUUGUAUUUAUAAAAAUAUGUAUUAUCAUUACUUUGGAUUGUUGUGCUGAUAUAAUGUGGGUUUAACAUCAAUAAAUAUUACACAAAUAGAAAGUUUUCCUUCUGGUAAAGACUAUUAACUGUUUCAGUAGAAACAUGCAAGUGUAAGAUUUAGAAAUUUUAAAUAUAAUGAAUAUAGAUGAAACGAGGGCUAUAUGCAGCAUCUAAAAAUGACUAUAAUUUAUCAGAAUAUUCUGCUUGUGACCCGGAAUCCUGUUUAAACAAAACAGAGGAACAUGACCUAUAAAU